AUGACCUUCACUGUGCCUGAGGAUGUUGUCUACGUAAAUGUCUGUCGUAAGGCCAAUGGAAGUAGAUGCCAUCUACUCCAAGGUGUUGACAGGUACCUUCCUCAAAUUCCAGAAAAGGAUUCCACACUUCUAGCUUGUGCCUACUUCCAGGUGAAUAAAGUCAAAAUAUCCUUACUCUAUAUCGGCUCCUGUGAUUUUGUCUUCAAUGAACGUCUUUCCUGUGGAAUUCAAGAUUUUGCCGAUACUCCAAAAUGGCUUGAGGUUUCAAAACAACUGGAUGACGCGAAUGUGCCGACUCUUAGCUCUUUAAGGGAUCUCUACAAAGCGAAGCUUCUUCGGUUCGCCCUCAGUGCCAAAUGGGAUCCGGAAUUCAUUGAGGCCUCUGGAACAGGCAUUUUUGACGAGGGAUUGAGUGCCUUUGGAGAGGUAUUUACUCCUGCACUCCCUGAGACAGCAUGGACACAAAUGCGUAAACACUUAAACAACUCAGCGGUGAGUUUUAGAAACAAACUUGGUAACGAACUUUACAAUUGA